AUGGAUGUUCUUUUUGAAGAAAAUGCUUCCUUGAGCUCCACUACAAACUCCUUAGUGCAAUUACAUGACGACACAAGGCUCUACAAUAAUGACUUUAACAACGGAGAAGCUAACACUUCAGAUGCAUUUAACUGGACAGUGGACUCGGAAAAUCGAACCAACCUUUCCUGUGAGGGCUGCCUCUCACCACCCUGCUUCUCCUUACUUCAUCUCCAGGAAAAAAACUGGUCUGCUUUGUUGACAGCUGUAGUGAUUAUUCUAACCAUUGCUGGAAACAUACUCGUCAUCAUGGCAGUGUCCCUAGAGAAAAAGCUGCAGAACGCCACCAACUAUUUCCUGAUGUCACUUGCCAUAGCUGAUAUGCUGCUGGGUUUCCUUGUCAUGCCCGUGUCCAUGUUAAACAUCCUAUAUGGCUAUCGGUGGCCUCUACCUAGCAAACUCUGUGCUGUCUGGAUCUACCUGGACGUGCUCUUCUCCACGGCCUCCAUCAUGCACCUCUGUGCCAUCUCGCUGGAUCGCUACGUUGCCAUCCAGAAUCCCAUCCAUCACAGCCGAUUCAACUCCAGAACUAAGGCAUUCCUGAAAAUAAUUGCUGUUUGGACCAUAUCAGUGGGGAUAUCUAUGCCAAUACCAGUCUUUGGACUACAGGAUGAUUCCAAGGUCUUUAAGAAAGGGAGCUGCUUACUUGCCGACGAUAAUUUCGUCCUGAUCGGCUCUUUUGUGUCAUUCUUCAUUCCCUUAACCAUCAUGGUGAUCACCUACUUUCUAACUAUCAAGUCACUCCAGAAAGAAGCUACUUUGUGUGUGAGUGAUCUUGGCACACGGGCCAAACUAGCUUCUUUCAGCUUCCUCCCUCAGAGUUCCCUGUCUUCAGAAAAACUCUUCCAGCGGUCAAUCCACAGGGAACCAGGGUCCUAUGGCAGAAGGACUAUGCAGUCCAUCAGCAAUGAGCAAAAGGCCUGCAAGGUGCUGGGCAUUGUCUUCUUUCUGUUUGUGGUGAUGUGGUGCCCAUUCUUCAUCACGAACAUAAUGGCCGUCAUCUGCAAAGAGUCUUGCAACGAGGAUAUCAUCGGAGCCCUGCUCAAUGUGUUUGUUUGGAUCGGUUACCUCUCCUCAGCGGUCAACCCACUUGUGUAUACACUGUUCAACAAGACCUACAGGUCGGCCUUUUCACGGUAUAUUCAGUGUCAGUACAAGGAAAAUAAAAAACCAUUGCAGUUAAUUUUAGUGAACACUAUACCGGCCUUGGCCUACAAAUCUAGUCAACUCCAAAUGGGACAAAAAAAGAAUUCAAAGAAAGAUGCGAAGACCACAGAUAACGACUACAGUAUGGUUGCUCUAGGAAAACAACAUUCAGAAGAUGCUCCUACAGACAAUAUUAACACAGUGAAUGAAAAGGUUAGCUGUGUGUGA